GUUUAUUUAUUUUUCUUCUAUUCAGUCCAGUGAUCUGGCACUGACGUAAAAGCCGUAAACUCCCACUGCGUGCUACGUCAUCACGUCCACGCCGGAAGCGGAAGUGAACACGUGUGAAGGAAGGGAUCCACCACGCACGCGCCACGGACUGUGCUCAAGAGACCUUCCUCCUCCUCCUCCUCCUCUUCGUCGCGAUGGCCGUCAGAGCUUCGUUUGAGAAGAACAACGAGAUCGGCUGCUUCGCCAAGCUCACCAACACGUACUGCCUGGUGGCGGUGGGCGGCUCGGAGAACUUCUACAGUGUGUUUGAAGGUGAGCUGUCAGAAACCAUCCCAGUGGUUCACGCCUCCAUCGCUGGAUGUCGCAUCAUCGGUAGGAUGUGUGUAGGUGAGUCACACACACACCUGGUGCCCAACAACACGACUGACCAGGAGCUGCAGCACCUGAAGAACUGCCCACCCGGUAUUCGGCUGCAGCGGUCAGGAAGAAGGCGGCUGGCCGGCACCAGCGCGGUAGUAGCCUGCUGCCGCGGCCCCAGAAUCUGACACCUGCUCCUCCAGGAGACGGAGGAGAUCCUGGCCGACACCCUGAAGGUGGAGGUGUUCCGGCAGACGGUGGCGGAGCAGGUCCUCGUGGGCUCCUACUGCGCGCUGGCAACCGGUGACCUGUGGUACCCCAAGACCGCCAUCGAGGGACCAGGACCGUGCCACUCGCUGCUGCAGGUCCCCCUGGUGGCCAGCACACCGGUGAACCCGGGCAGCGGCGUCGCCGGCCGCGGUGAUAACGACUGGUUAUGCGUUCUCGGCCUCACCCUGACCGAGCUGUCCGUCAUCGAGAGCGUCUUCAGGCUGAGCGACGCCCAGCCCGCGCCGUAAGCCACGAGCAUGAGGGACUAA